GUAGUUACAGAUAAGGGUCAGGCUACCCUGUGUCUCUGUAGAUAAUGGCAUGCAGCACAAAGAGGUAAAAAAAUGUUCAUGGUUUGAUGCCAGACCAAACACAGCUGUGAACCUUGGGAUAAGACAAGUCUCCUGAGAAGGCCAAGGGUGAUGGGUGGGGAGAAUCAUUCUGGAGCAGCAGUGCCAUUACCCAAGUGUGUGGACAAUUGGUUCGAGCUCCAGAGAUCUUGAGCCUCAGCCAUCACAGACCCCUGAGACUUUCCAGGCGUCUGAUCAAUCCUCCUCCAGAGCUGAAUCUUCCUCUGGUGGGUCCUCGGUGAAGACCACUGCCAUGUGGGUGGCAGUGACCAGUAGGACCAGAACGACCACCACAUAAUCGUCCGCAGGCCUGGGCUCCUCAACCAUUAUGGGUUGCUGCCUCCGACGGCUGCAGCUGCUCUCCACCUGCGUGGCCUUCUCCCUGGGAGCCAGCGUGGGCACCUGGAAGGGGACCAUAGGUAACUGGUCCAUGUUCAUCUGGUGCUUCUGCUUCGUCGUGACCCUCAUCAACCUCAUAGUCGAGUUAUGUGAGCUCGAGGAUCACUUCCCCUUCUCCUGGGACAACUUUCUCAUCACCUGCAACUGCUACUCUGCCCUCCUCUGCCUCUCGGCCUCCAUCAUCUACCCCACCACCUACAUUCAGUUCUUGCCCGAUAGCCGCUACCGGGACCGCACUAUCACCUCCACUGCAUUCUCCUGCCUUGCUUUUGUGGCUUAUGCCAUGGAAGUGGCCUGCACUAGGGCCCAGCCCAACAUGAUCACAGGCUAUAUGGCCACCAUGCCAGGCCUGCUCAAGGGGCUGGAGACCACUGUGGCUUGUGUCAUCUUUGUCUUCAUCAGCAGCCCCUACCUGUACCUGCACCAGCCGGCCCUGGUGUGGUGCGUGGCCGUGUACUCCAUCUGCUUUCUCCUGUCAUCUGUGGCCCUUCUGCUGAACCUGGGCAAGUGUGACAACAGGCUGCCCAUCCCCUUCCCCAUUUUCCAGGUUGUGCUCACUCUGCUCUCCGUCCUCCUCUAUGCCACCGCUCUGGUCCUCUGGCCGCUCUACCAGUUCAACCAGAAGUUUGGCGGCCAGCCCCAGCGGUCCAGCGAUGUGAGCUGCAGCGAUAGACUCACCUCCUUGGUGUGUACCUGGAACCAACGACUGGCUGUGGCCAGUCUGACAGCCAUCAACCUGCUGAUUUAUGUGACUGACCUGGUGUUCUCGGUCCACCUGGAUUUUGUCAGUGGCUGAGGCUUUGCCCAGGGGCUCCUGAUUCCUCUUCUCACCUGAAGUUCGUUUCCAAGCCCUGACGUCCUCUGAUGUGCUCUUCCUGGCUCCCCUCUCUCCCUGCUCACAUCCUUCCCCAACCAUCUCGCUCUCUUUUCUGCUCCCUUCCCUCCUUCUGCUCUGUCUCCUUCCUGUUUUGUGUGGUUGCCCACAUUCUGUUUUGCCUCUUUCUCUUUUCACUCUCUUAUUUUCUACAUUUUCUGCUUUUUGGCCCUUUUCUGGUCAUUUUUGUUUUCUUGUCUCCUGUGUCCUGACCGCCUCUUCCCCUUUUCCUUCUUCUGAUCCACCGGGACCCUGAGCUUCUUCCUCCUCUGCCCACCGCCCCCGUCCCACCUCCUAAGGUGCUGACUCCACGUCACACAGCCCUCUGUGCAGCUGUUCACACCCUGGGCCUCCAGAGGGGCCUCACAGCCAAAGUAUGCCUGUGCCCCUGGUGGCGCCUCCGUUGGUGUGUGUAUAUGGGUUUGGGGUGUGCCGGUGAGUAGGUAGGGAUUGGGCCUCACUUCCUCCCAGUGGAGGGGGGUGUACAGUGCACCUUCCCUUUAUUUAAAAAAAAAAAAUCUCUGGAGGGCAAUAAUUUCCGGUGGUCAGGAGGCUUAAAGCAGAGACCCUGGGUCCCUAGGCCCCAGCUGGUGCUCGGCCCUGCCUGACACUGGCUCCAGAAUUUUUCCCGGCUUACUAAAACCCACCUCCUAGAGGUCAUCUUAAAAGACGCAAGGGCUGAAUGCCUUCCAUCUGAACUACUCUCUUGGGGAUCAAAAUAGGAGCUGGCAAAAAACUGCACGGUCUUGAAGACAACUGUCUGAAGUAUUUGUGAGGGGCAGCGAUGUGGCCCUCCUGCCUCAGAGUUCAAAACAGCAUGUCCUGCCUCUGCGGGGAGAAGAAAAUGGCCACUGCCAGCCUUAAAGCUGAUGUUAGACUGGAAUUUUUCUUUUUGUGUGAGUGGUCAGGAGGUCAAAAAUUACUGGAUGGCCCUGUUCUUUUUU